GUUAAGUAAUAUACCCCACUUCUGCAGUAGAUUCCUCAUAGAUCUGAUCCAACAUGCAUGUCCGUCUAUUUGUCGUGGUCUGUCUGUCUGUAUGGCUGGUGGAUGCGGAGUACAACACUUUUGAAUGGAAGAGCUGCACCACUGAUACAGCUCACCAGGCACUGAAGGUCCACACCGUUUCUGUGAAUCCUACUCCAGUCAUGACCCCCGGGCCACUCCACAUUUCCUUCACAGCCUCUGUCCUCAAACAAAUAGAAGCGGGAGCAGCACUUCAGUUCGACAUUACCCGACAUACCGCUCUAGGCGCCGAUGUACAUAUUCCUUGCAUAGGAGGGCUGGGAAGCUGCGUCCUUGAUGGGUGUUCUGUCAUUGACAAUAUGCUCAAUGGAACCCGACAGGGACAACGAGACUUAGGGCAACAGAUAAAGAAGAUGUUCGAGUCCGUGGGGGUCUUCACACACUGUCCUAUCUCCGUCCAGAAUAUAACCAUUGCUAAUUACAAAAUCGACAUCGCCGAGCUGGACCCUGCUCUUAAUUUCAUUGCCGAUGGUGACUAUACCAUCAAAGCAACAGUUUUACAUCCAAGCACAGGAAUUCAACUUGGCUGCUUCCAAUUCAAUAUCACAUUGAAAAGGCGGUCAACGGGAGGUGGCUGGUUUUUAGGAAGAAAACGUCGAAGCUACAAGAAUGCUCAAUGAUCUAUAUGUGUGUGUACUGUUUAGUCUGUGUACUUAAUGUCUGUUGUUCUUAUUUCUUUGCUUUAUUUUUUGAGGUAUUAAAUGAUAGUAAAAUAAAAAAAUUCAUCUUUUAAAA